AUGGCCACCAGCAUGCUGCCAGAGUACCCAUUACCUGCAGGUGAUCCUCCAGCGUACACCAGCAGUCCUUUAGCGGACGAGAGGACAGUUGCGCACAAUCCGCGUCCUGGCUCAAGUCGCAAUCAAACAGGACAAUACGUAAAAACCUGGAAACAAGCGACGCUUAUACUGAAAGACCAAGACGAAAAUGCUCGAUUUCCGGUGUAUUCGCGUGGAGGCCUCGUGGACGGGGAGAUUGGUUUGACUUGUCCUGAAGGUAUCAUUGAAGUUAGCGCUAAGUUAUUUGGUCAGAUGAGCGUGAUGGCAGCUGACUGUGGCUCAACGGGCGCUGUCGUCGUGUGUGAUAGUCGCGUUCUUUGGACGCAGGAGGAUCCCAAAGACCGGUGUCCAUCCAUCCUUCCGUUCGCAAUACGAUUCCCAUACACGUUCACGGAUCCUAACGGCAAGACUUGCAAACUACCGCCUUCGUUUGAAACACACUACAUGGGAAUCCCCGCCUUGUUCGCAAAGGUCGUCUAUACCCUGACUAUCUCGAUAACGAAAACGAGGCGCUAUGCGCUGGCCUCAUGGACAAGUUCCAGAAUGUUUACGGCGGUGCUUGACUAUCGGCCUCGCACCCGUCCGCAACGCCCUAUCGUAAUGGUCGACUCUAUUUUUGACUCGAUAAAGCCCAUACCGGAGGAAUGGCAGCAACAUAUUUUGACAAUGGAACCGCGGUCAGACUCAGGGCCAGGGGCAAACGCUGGAGGGAUCGAGUGUCAUUUCCUUAUUCCUUCAGUGCAGAUUUAUUCGAUAACGGACAGCAUACCUUUUCACCUCCAGUUGUGUGGUUCUCGGGAAUCAUUGAAUGAGCUUCUACCCCCUAACAGUUCCCUCCUGGACCCCAGGCUAGCUGGCGAUAGUAAGAGAAAGGAAUCCCUCGAUUUGAGCCCGACUGGGCCCCACCCCAUUCGGGUCUACCUCGCUCGGCAAAUUCAUGUCGAAGUGAAUGGAAGGAAGCGGUAUCGGACGUAUACGGUUGGAACAUCACAGAUGUGGCCAGUACCGCCUGUAAUCACACGGGACGGAGUCGAACACUCGAACGUCGGAAACGAAGUCUCUUUGGAUUGGCAGGGAGAGCUGAAGUGUCGGACUGAGGCUAUGACUGCGAGCUUCUAUGCAGGUCUUUUGAUGGUCAAGGACUUCAUCGUGGUCGGUUUGGCCCCCUAUAACAUACGUUCAUCAUUCCUUUUGCCCGUUCAACUUGCAUAUCCCGUCAGAUUGGUGACGGAUUCGUGGGUAGAUCAAGAGGUGGUGCAUCCUCAGGACCUGUGA